GGGCAAUCGUCCAAUGAAUGUAAGCACAGAACACAUCCAUCUUUUUCGAGAGGUCGCGGCAGAACUACUUCCGGAUCCUAGAGAGCGUUUAUUCCGUGACCAGUGGAAACGGUAGCCAUGGCAACGUGUUCUUCACCCUUUCCCAUCUAUGUCUGGGGUUACGUUGGGAGUGAUUCCAGCACGACUUUCGCGGCCAGCGUUCUCGUGUGGCGGCGCUUCUCGGAAAGGAGAAACACACGAGAGAGGUUGAAAAUCCCCUAGAACCCGUCCAGAUGGAGGUGAGAAAAAUGAGUUUCUUCACUUUUUUCCCUCGCAUUUCACAGCUCACCUUUUCCUCCAAUUCUGAAUAAUCCUAACUUAAACUGGAUUGUUUUUCAACUCUGAUCUGUCCCUUGGUUGGCAUCUCUCACCUUCCAAUACUGAUAAGAAACAGUUUUCAAGGAAGAUUUCCACCUGUUCAUAACAAACAUAAUUGGGAGGAAGAUUAGAAGCAGUGGGGGUUGGUGGCUGUGCCAGGAUGAAAAUUGUGAUAUUUUAUGCAUAGUGUUGUCCCCAAGCAAAGAGAAAUGAGCCAGAAGACAAAUGAGAAUGUACAAAGGUAUACCCAAUUCCUUCAAAAGCCCCAGAAACCCAUUCAGCCUUACAUCUGCUCGACUCUGAAUGAUUUUCAAGAAGAGAGAGACUUUUUGGCAAACAACAUCUUCCCUCAGCUUAAUGAACUCUGCAAUUCCCGGGGCACAUAUUUCAAAGCCGUGGACCUGAGUUGGUCAGAAUUAAAGGCCCCAAAAUCCUUACCCACCCAUCUGUUUAGACAGUAUUCUUGUCUUCGCUCCCAACAUCUGAAGCUCUGCCUUGACUAUGUGAACAGCUGCUUUCCCUUUUUCAUCUGCAUGCUGGGUCAGACGUAUGGAGACUUCCUCCCCGACUACUCACGUUUCAUGACCUCCAAAGUGACUCGCUUGUCAAGCUUAUCCAAAGUAGAACAGAAUCUCUAUGUUGCUGCAAAAAACGGUUAUCCUUGGGUUCUGGAGAACCCCAACUGCAGUCUGACGGAGUUUGAGAUAAUCCAAGCAGCAUUUCUGAAUGAAUCUCAAUUUCAGUAUUUUUACUUUAGGACUGGAACCACACUGCUGAAGGCUUUAGAUCAUGAGGAAAAGGGAGAGAGGCUGCCCUCGAGUUCUUCAACGAACGAAGAGGAAAAAUUGAGGAUUGGAAAGCUUAAGGCCAAGAUUAUUAGUAAAGGGCUCCCUGUGAGAUUUUAUAGUGAUCUCCACGAGUUGGGUGAGCUGGUUUUCAAGGACUGGUCAGUCGUGAUAGAAAAACUUCAUCCAGCCACUUUAAUGAUUGAAAAUAUAGACUACAAGCACAGCUUUGAACGUUUCUAUCACGAAGAGUUUACUGAGAAGUGCAAGCAAAUGUUUGUUAUUUCCAAGGAGUCAGACAGGACCUUUGAAAUCCUGGAAAAAUUUGCCUUAAAGGAUGUGGAACUUGAUUUUAACAAUGUGGCAGCAGGUUCCAGUUUCGAUUCUGUCCCUAGAUUUUUCAGAAUAAAUCCUAUUCCAACUUACAAGUCUAUUUUGCUCUUGUCUGGAGAACAUGGUUGUGGGAAGUCCACUCUGAUUGCCAACUGGGUUAAUGACUUCAAAAAGAAACAUCCGAGCAUGUUGUUGAUUCCUCAUUUUGUGGGCAGCACCUGUGAAAGCAGCGACAUCAUGUCUGUGAUCCAUUACUUCAUCACAGAAUUACAGUACAGAAACUACGGUACUCAGCUCGAAACAGAUAUUCUUAAUGAAGACUCAGAUGCCUUGGUCUUUUCACUUCUUGUGGAAGUAUUUAUUGCUUCCAUCAGUUUAAAGCCAUGCAUACUUGUACUAGAUGGAAUUGAAGAACUGAUUGGCAUUUAUGGGAUUUCAGGUCAGAAGGUGAAAGAUUUCUCCUGGCUGCCACACUCACUCUCCCCUCAUUGCAAAUUUAUCAUGAGCACCGUCUCUUCCAGCCUGUCCUACAAGUCAUUGUGUGCCCGCCCGGAUGUGAGGACAGUGGAACUCAUUAGCACAGGAGAUGAACAAACAAAAUUAAACAUCUUUAGAAAGCAUCUCUCCAUUCCCAACAUGGACCCCUUCCAACAGAGCAGACAGUCUUUGAGGAAAAAACCAAAUCUGAGUCCUUUAAAACUCGCAAUCCUAGCCAAUGAAUUGAAAGAAUGUAGAAUCUACCGCAAUGAGUUUCAGUGUAUGAAGGAGUACUUGGAGGCCGUCUCUGUUCAGGAGCUCUGGGAAUUGGUUCUCAAACGCUGGAUUGAAGACUACAGUUGGACUUUUCAACCAAAAAGGUCAAUUUCAGACACUGUGGCUUCAGGAGAAGGGCUGGAUGGCUGGGUGGCCGACGCUCUGUGCUUACUGUGCCUGUCGCAUGGUGGCUUGGCUGAGGAUGAGCUACUCCAGCUUUUGGACAUGUUGGGCUACAGGAAUCAUUGCAAAGUGGCCACCUUGCACUGGGCUGCCUUCCGCAACGCCACCAAACAGUGGGUCCAGGAGAAACCCAAUGGCCUUCUGUAUUUCUGGCACCAGUCCCUGCGAAGUGCAGUGGAGCACAAGCUUCUUGGUGUAAUCGCUCCCGUCAGAGAAAGCAGUCCAUGUUCAUUUCAGAGCCCAAUGAAUCGCAAGAAAACAUAUUUUCACCAAGUGUUGAUCAGAUACUUCCAGCGGCAAACCUCUUUCUGGAGAGUGUAUCAAGAAUUGCCAUGGCAUAUGAAAAUGAGUGGAUGCUUGCAGGGGUUGUGCGGCUUUCUCUCAAGCCCUAGUAUCACAGACUUUAUAUCAAAAAUCCAAAGCCCGGGCUUCUGGACAAGGCUGCACCUCAUUCACUUCUGGAAUGUAUUAUUGGAGGCUGGCUAUGACGUCUCUGAGGCCUACUUACUCUCAGUGGCCAAGAUUAAAGCAGAUCAGUGCCAUACAAUGAGGAAGAGCUGUAUACUCUCAGUGCUGCAAUGCAGGCUUAUCAAACUUACUGUCCGUGACAAAUGUCGAUUAAUGUUCUUUAUUGGGAGUUUUUUGAAGUUUAUGGGCAAGACCAAUGAAGCAGAAGAGUUGUUGUUGAGUGUUGAGGACAUGUUAGUACAGAGCCAGUCCAUGACAGACAUGCUUCUCAAAGUACAGAAUGCUAUUGGAGAACUGUAUCUUGAAACUGGAAUGACUCAGGAAGGGUUCCAGUAUUUCCAGAAAGCAUGGUCAAGCAUGCUGCGUCUUUCACUCAGUGACUUAGAAGACAGCCAGGACUUGGUGAAGCAGAAAGUCAGAGUUUUGAACAACCUGGCAAAGUCAGCAUCUGAAGAAUACUUGAAAGAAAACCACAUUUUGGAAUAUGCAACUGAAAUUUCCAACUUACUGGAUAACAAUCCCCGUAAUCAAGCUACCAUGAAAUACAUCGAAGGUGUUCUAAUGUUCGUUGCUGGAAAUACCUCUCUUGCAAAAAUGAAACUUCAAGAGUGCUUAAAUAUCAGGAGAAGCUUGUUUGGCAAGAAAAACAUGCUGGUUGGAGAAGUUAUGGAAUUUUUAGCAGAUUUGCUAUUUUUUCCCCAGAGAGAUAGUAAAAAAUCCCAAAGGAAGCAAGUACUUAAAUAUUAUAAACAAGUGAUAAAAAUAAAGGAAAAUGCAGAAACUCUGGCCAAGUCCUCACUCCUCAGGAAGCAGCUGAACAUCAGCCUCAGUGAUACGUUGUGUAAAUUAGCAGGUCAGUUAUUGGCGAGUGACUCUUGUCACCACGUCAUGAUUGAGGCAGCAGGCUAUUUGUACAGAUCACUUGAUUUAAGGGUGAUCCACCUGGGAUCUUCUCAUUCAUCAAUCCAUGGAAUCCUGCACCUUCUGAGAGAAAUUGAGUGGAUCCGGAGCCAGAGAUGUUGGCCUCAAGGUAUGAGCCAGCAACAUUCUGAGGGUUCUAGGAAUGGCUUCUCAUUAUGGGAGCACUUGCUUAAAUUAAACUACCACAGUGCUCAGAGUUCUAAUACAGUGAGCUCUGCAAUGUGCAUGAAUGCAGAUAAAUUACACAGGGCUAGAAGAAUGGACUUGGCACCUCAGACAAUUUCAGAUAAAUCAAAAUGUGCUGCUGGAAAAGGGAAAAAGAAACCCAUUAUUUGCAUAUCUGCUGAGGAAAAGAUACAACGGAAGACACAAAAUCAUGCUGAAAUAUGGAAUGGCUCAGGAAAGGAAGCAUCAAAGAAAAAGAAAGACUAUUCCUCUAACAUUUUAUCUUUGGGUAAAAUGAAUGGUUUAAUAAAGCUUUCAAGGCAAAGAAUUUUGUUAGCUAAAAGUGAGAGUGGAGAAGGCAAAAUCACCGCCAAUUACCACCAUUCCCUGCCACGGCCUCUUAGCACAAAAAACCCUUGGGAAUAUAAGCUCAUAUCAGAAAAGUGGCUUUUUCAUAGCCCAGAUUAUAUUUCGAUAUCUCAGAAGUCUUUUUUGCAGAGAAGAUUUCACACUGAAACAAAACUGUUGAAGACCUCAAAUGAUAUUAAUAAAGAAUAAAAAUGU